AUGGCUCCGGGGAAAUUCUACCCCAAGGCCCGGCGACAGCGGCCUAGCAUCCAUGAUCCCGCCGUACGGCCGCGUCGCCUGGCGCUCUUGAAAGCGGCGACAAUCAAUCUGCUGGUGCUGCAGUUCUUGUUCCUCGGCCUUUUCUGUUACAUCUUCGGUUCUCUUUUCCAACAGGGCGAACAUACUCACAACAUCAAUAUUCUCUUCGUCGACUAUGAUGGUGGCGCCAUAGGGAAUGCGGUGCGCACCGCGUAUGAGCAGCUGGAGAGUACUAGCUUCCCAGCAUUGAUGGAAAGACCGGCAACAUCGUAUCCUUCCACCAACACCAUCGACGAAGCUGUUUGCAACAUCAAAUAUUGGGGAGCCCUCUACAUCGCCCCGAAUGCUUCAGAUCAUUUGACCGCGGCCCUGGGAGGCGGAUCUGCCGCAGCGGACUAUGACAAAAGCAAUGUGAUGACAAUGGUGUGGAAUGAAGCACGCUAUCCUACGACUGUGGAUUCCGCUAUAUCUGUUACCCUCAAAUCCCUCACUGAGGCUGCCCGAGUCGCCUUAGCUAAAGCCGAUGGCCAGAAAAUGCUCCAGGCCCUGAACACCUCCGAUUCAGCUGCUGUGGCUGCUUUCUCAGACCCUUGGGUCUUAUCAUCCGUGAAUCUCCAGGAGACAUCACAAGGGUCUCGAUUAAUCUACAAUACUUUAGUGAUCAUCUUGAUUCUUAUCCAGGAGUUCUUCUAUCUGGGUUAUGUGAAUGGCUUAUACCAACAAUUCCAACUCUACGUCUCAAUUCAUCCGCAUCGGAUUGCGAUUGUCCGCCAGGUGAUCUCCGGUGUUUAUACCUUCAUUGGAUCUCUCUGUACCACUGGAGCCAUCUGGGCGUUUCGGCAUGGUUGGCACGUCAAUGGGUACCAAUUCGUGAUUACCUGGAUGUCCCUGUGGCUGUUCGCGCACCUCAACUUUCUCGUUCUGGAUGUCUUCACGAUUUGGCUUCCACCUCCCAUUGUGCCAAUGGCAUUGAUCUCCUGGAUCGUGACAAAUGUCACAUCAAUUCUGCUUCCUUUCGAGCUCUCGCCCGCCUUCUAUCGCGUGGGAUUUGCUCUACCCGCGCACAGCAUCUUCAAUAUCCUGAUCGAUAUCUGGUCUGGUGGCUGCAAUCCCCAGCUCUACUACGCGCUACCAGUUCUCUUUGUGUAUGAAAUUGUGGGUCUGACCCUGAGCACGAUCGGGGUCUACCGACGAUCACAUUACGCUGUGCUCAAACAUGAGGCCGAUGAAAAGGCCAUCCAAGAUCGCAUUGAACCAGCCGUCUCUGAGCGACAGGACCAACUCCCGACGGAGAUAACUGCUGAUGGGCCGCGAGAAAGCGAAACAUCUGAGACCGAUCCCGAGGCUGGAGGUGCCAUGCAAAGACGGACAACUGUGGCUACCCAGGCCGAUCAAGAAGAAAUAAUGGAGAUCAUACGGCGUGAGAUGUCGCGGCCAAGGGUGGAGAAGGCGACGACCAGCAGGGAGAACAAUGGCCCCUGCUUCGAUCUACCGUUUAGCGACUAG